GUCUGCAGUCACGAUACGCGUUUCUGUUUCUCUUGUUGCUUUUUUAUAUUCAGUCUCACAGUUGGCAGUGGAAUAGCAGCCACAUUACUUCAUCAUGCAGAAGCCAUUACCUUGAAUUUCCAUUCUCAGAAUAACACACCUUUGUUAUUGAACAGUUCACUGGGAGAAAAAGACACCAAAAAUGGCAGGCUCUUUAUCUGAUGUUCAAAAUGCUUUUGACUGUUCAAUCUGUCUGGAACUGUUUAAGAAUCCAGUGACUACAUCUUGUGGGCACAGUUUUUGUAUGAACUGUAUUAAGUCGUUCUGGGAUCAGCAAUGUUUAAGAGGUGUUUACAGCUGCCCAACAUGCAGGAAUGAAUUCAGGCCAAGGCCAAAUCUCAGCAAAAACACUGUUCUCGCUGGCAUUAUAGACGAAAGGAAGCAGGAUGUCCCAGCUGCACCUGGAGAUGUGCAGUGUGACGUCUGUAUAGGAAGAAAACUCAAAGCCAUCAAGUCUUGUCUGGUGUGUUUGGCGUCAUUCUGUCAAACUCACCUUCAGCCUCAUUAUCAAUCUCAAGCUUUCAAAAAGCACAAGCUGGUGAACGCUUCAGCAAAUCUACAGCAGCAGAUCUGCCCUCAACAUCAUAAAGCUCUGGAGAUUUACUGCUAUUAUGACAAGAAAUGUAUAUGUGUGCUCUGUAUGGGUCAGCACAGAGGACAUAAGACUGUCUCAGCUGCAGCUGAAAUGGCUGGAAAAAAGGAGGAAUUGAAAAUUAAAAAGAGGGAAUUCAUUCAGCAAAUCAAUGAGAUAAACAAAAAGCUUCUGGCAUUUAUUAAUGCUGCAGAUUCUCAUAAGAGCUCUGCACAGGCAGCAGUGGAAAGCACGGACAGGAUCUUCAGUGGACUCAUCCGAUCCCUUCAGACAAAACGCAAUAAAGUGAAAGCGAAGAUCAGAGCUCAUGAGAAGAAUGAGACUGAUCAGAUUAAUAAUUGCAUGCAGUACUGGAAGCAGCAGAUCAUCAGUCUUAAAAGGGAGAUUGAUAAACUGGGACAUAUUUUAAAUACAGAGGAUCACAUUAAUUUCUUCCAGAAUGACUCUUCCCAUUUUUCGCCUCCACAUAUCGAACACAAGGAUGUGAAUGAUCUCAUAACAUUUGAAAAAGUAGAAGAAUCUGUCUCCGAGCUGAAAAACAAACUGGAUGAACUCUGUGAAGAGCACAUGAAAAAAAUAUCAAAGAAAGUUACUGAUGUCCACAUCAUCCGACCCUUAAUUUUAAAUUGUUCCCUCUAUGAUUCCUCUGAUGAUGAUUUGGAAUGAAGCCUGUCUGGGCAUUUCAGAGAUUUUCCCAACAUCAAAUACAUAAACCAGGAUUCUUUAUGCUAGACUGUGUAUCUUUUGAGCAUGGAAGUGUCAUUUCCCAGCACUAGGUGGUGCUAUAACCAACAUAUUGUCAUAACUCCAACCAUAAUGACUUUAUAAGGCAUGCUGGUCUUAUGACAUCACCUGAAAAAAAAAAUGGAAAUGUGUUGUAUUUGAGUGUGGAAGCCAUGAAUUUCAGUGCUUAAACCAUAGGUCUCAAACUCAAUUCCUGGAGUGUUCAAAAGAGCCACAAACACCUUCAUUAUUUGGAUCAGCUGUGUUUGAUAGGGUUGGAGCAAAACCAUGCAGAGCUGCGGCUCUCCAGGAAUUGAGUUUGAGACCUAUGGCUUAAACUAUGUUGGAUCAACUUUGAAUUUCUGAUGAAAGUUGGGAGCACAAAUCGGUGGAAGCAAGACUCAAUAGGACAGGGUGACUGCAGGAGAACAAGCUGGUGAGGGAUUGAUGAUAAGACUUCAUGAUUAUAUUGUAGGGAGUAUUGUGUGGGUGCACGUCAGGAGAACAGGCUGGUCAGAACAGGCCAGACUUCAGGUCAAGCAGGUUGGGACAGAAAACCUGCCAAGAUUAGGGACAAAAAGACAAGGCAACAGACUAAUUAAACAGGCUUCUAAUUUUUCUCAAAUUAAAGACAUUUCAAGGUACAUGUAUGUUAUUGCAAGGCAACAACCCAAUUAACACAGGCUCAUUUGAAAAUUCACUUUGACAGUCAAUGAAAACAUUCAAAUCCGUAUGCUUACAUCCAUGUACAUUUGUAUCUGCUUGUCUGUCAUGGCACACUUUUUUAGACUGUUGUGGACUGUUUGGUGCCAUCUUGUGAAUGAAUGAUAUGUCUAUGCUUUUUUGAGCCAGUUUCGUUUCUGUCAGCUUUGUGUUUGGCGCCAUCUUUGUGACUGAAUAAUGCACAGGUUCCUGCAACUCCAUCAGCUUUUUUUUUUGUUCCUGUCAACUUUGCGUUUAAUUAAAUAAUUAAUAAACUAU